AUCAAUUCAAUUGUUGACAUAUGGGUGUAAAAACAAUAAAUAUGUUGAGAUAUUUUAUAUCAUUGACUGAGAUAACAAUACAUAACAAAACCACCCACUUAUAAUGUGUAAAUAACUGCCUACAGGGAAAAUUAACAAAGGAUGAACAUGUACAUGUAUUUAAUACCAGCUUCUGUAGGACUUUUAGCAAGCAUUUUAAUUUACCCCUUUUUCUUCAAAGUAACAUUCUUUAUACUGUUGAUAAUCCUGAGCAUUGUGCUCGGGUUGUUAACAGCACUAUGGAUACAUUUAGUGCUUUCGACCCCACACAAGGGUACAUUAGGUGCAGAAAAUACGUUAACACAAAUGGAAUCAUUUAGAACAAAGCUCAUGAAAGACUAUGAAACUUACACUUCAGCUAAACCUUCAGCACAACUACCUCCAGUCUUUGGUAGGACUGUUGACAGUCUCCUUCAGCAACUAUUAGAUUUUACUUUAAGAGAUUAUAUUUCUGUGUAUCUAAAUGAAUAUGCUUAUGACUUUAAAAUGUUAGAAUAUACAAUUAAGGAGGAUAUGUGGGGUGCUAUACAGAAUUUACAUGAUCGAUUCACUAGAGUGGAUGAGGCCAAAUUAAUUGCAGUAGAUAUUGUGACCAAACUAACUGAACAUUUUGAAGAAAUAAGAGAAGCUAAAAUGCACAUGUUGGAAGGAGACAAACCUUCUUUUAAACUGGCAAAAUAUGUAAUUUCUUCUGAUAAAGAAUUAGAAUAUCUUAGAAACAUUAGUGAGUUGUUUAUUAUGUUUUUGUUGCCAAGAAGUUAUUCAUUAACACCUACAAAAUAUUUUUUAAGAGAGAUUUUAACUUGUAAAGUAAUUAAACCAUUCAUAGAUAAUAUAACUGAUCCUGACUUCUUCAACCGCCACGUAAUUUUAUAUAUAGAAGCACAAGAAAACGAUUCACGUACGCACAUGAAGAGCAUAGAAAAUGCCAAAUCAUUUGAGGACGUGAUGAAAAUCAUUCACUCAACUGAUGAUAUAGAAGCACUAAAAUCUUUAAGGUAUAACAUAGUUACUAGAUUAAUGCAGGCAACAACACUACAAAACUUAAACAGAGCCAAAGGGGUGGACUUAGACAAUGACAAAAACACUCUAAGUUCAGCAGGUGUUCAAAAAUCAGACUUGACAGCGGCCAGAAAACUGAAAAAGUACAUAAAUCAAUUGACCUACGCAAAAAAAGAGUGCGAAAAGAAACUGACAAUGCUGGGCUGGGACUUGGGGUACCAAUUUUCGGACGACGUCAAUAAAAUUCUGCCUUUACCGACAAUAAUGGAUCACGUGUUGGGUCGGAAGUACUUGACGCAGUUCCUGGAGACUUUGGCCAGUCAGGAUUUGGUCAGGUAUUGGAUUUCGGUGGACGAACUGCGGACAGCACAGAGGAAAAACUGGCAUCAGUUGGGUGCGGAGAUUUUUUACACGUUUAUCCGAAAUCCCCGGUCCGAAAUCAAAGUCGACAAAAACACGAGAAAAAGAAUGGAAGCCUUCUUAUUGGGCGAUAAAGGGCCGGAAGUUUUUUACGAAGUCCAGUGCCAAGUAGUCCAGACAAUAGAGGAUAAAUAUUAUCAGCCGUUUUUAAUUAGUGAUUAUUAUAAGGAGAUGAUCAUUGCAAUAGAAAAAGAAGACGACAUAUCAGAAAACGAAAAUCGAAAAUCACUGGAAGAAAAAAAUAUAAUGAUAGACUCCUCGGGAUCCGUCGACAGCGGUUUAAAUGUCGGUGAUCACUCCAAUUACGCAAGAAGGAAACUGGACCAGUUACAAGAACGUUUGACCAAUAAGACUCAGGCCCUUGAGUCGCUGAAAAGUUCACUCAGGCCGGAAUCCAAGGUGCUAAAGAAGCUUGAGAAGGAAGUGGAAUGGUUGCAAGGCGAGCAAAGGCAAUUGGAAGCCCACCUGAACAGAACCGAGGAGUGGGGCGAAAAUUUGGGCAAAUGGCGUGCUCAAGUCCAAAGCGCUGAUAUUCCAGAUGAAAAGGAACCGCCACAGUUUGUUCUGGUGGUGCACAUAGAAAACGACAAUGAGAAUGACGAGGAGGCAAUCAGCACUGGUUGGGUGGUUUGCAGGAGUCUGAGCCAGUUUCAGGAGCUGCACAAAAAACUACGGCCUAUGUGUACAGAAAUACGUAGCCUGGAACUGCCCUCGAACACUUUCAAGUUUCUCUUUGGUAAAAUCGAUAAGCCAACCUUAGAAAAAGCAAAACAACAAAUACAAAAAUAUUUAGAUUUCGUUUUAAAAGACGAUCGUUUGAAUCAAAGCGAAGCUGUGUAUUCCUUCUUGAGUCCUAGUUCUGAGCAUCUGAAACAAUCAUCUCCUAAUCCUAAGAAGUCGCGUUUCUUCUUUUCAACUCUAUUUAAAAGUGGUAACGAACAAAACAAAGACGCGUUUUUCAUCCUCAAAGACGUGGAAGAUGAGGACAUGUCCCAAAUUCCAGAACAGUGUAACAUAGACACGGUAGAUUUCGUCAGAAGCAACGGAAGCAUCCCAAAUAAAGUGGUUGAAGAUAGCAGGGACCCCAUUGCAGAACCUUUGUUUGCUUUGCUCAGCGAAUUAUUUGAUAUGAAAGGCUUCUUUAAGUAUCUUAGAAAAACCCUAAUAGGGUUUGUACAAGUUACAUACGGCAGAAAUAUUAACAAACAAAUCCACGAGACUAUAAACUGGUUGCACUCUGAUCAAAUGUUGCACUAUUACAUAACGUUGAUACUGAAAACUUUUUGGCCUGGUGGAGCUUUGGCUGAGAGGGAACCAACAAGAUCCGAAGAAGAAAAACGUGAGGCGGCUAAACGAGCACGCAAUUUGUUCGUUAACAACGUACCUGAAUUACUGACUACUUUGGUCGGCAAUACCGCUGCUAAGAAUGGUGCUAGGACUGUGUUUGAUGCUCUUCAACAUAAGGAUUUAAACAAACAGCUAUUCUAUGAAAUAUUUGAGGUUGUUAUGGACUCAGCAUUCCCAGAGUUAAAAGUCUAGUGUAUUUUUAUACUAUUUCAUCAUGCAAUCAGUAUUGACUUUCCAAAGAAUAUUUUAUUUUGUUAUUUGUACCAUAUCUAUAAAAAGACGUUGCACAGACUCUUUGAGAUUCUUAUUCAUUGUGUUAGUGUUGAUACGAAUUUGUUGAAGUUUUAUAUAAAUUAAUGUAGUUUUUAAAAAUUAUUUAAUUUUAUAUCAAAAGACAAUAAUUGUGCUUGUGAUUAUUUAAAGACUUUAACGAUAUAAUAAAGUCUAGUCAAAUUUGACCAUGAAUUAUUUAUUUUACUUCAAAAUAAUGAUUGUUUUAAAUUUAAAAUGUUUAUGUAGAUGAACGAGAAUCUCUGUUCUGCAGCUAUAUUUUCAAAUAAUCUAUUAACUUUUUAUAUGAAAUGUAUAUGUGAUCUUUAUAUGUGUAUGUAUGUACAAAAUAUAAAUAAACUAUAUGAUCUGUGUA